UCUAUCGCAUGUUUCCGUCCCGGCAGAUUUUCUGACUCUGCAGGUGUCGGAAUAAUUGUUUAUUGUGUUUUACGCUUCAAUUGAAUCCAUCCCUCGAUAAUUUAAAGUAACAGUUAAUGUCAAAGCAUGGAAAACAAGCAGACGAGGUAUGAGAAAAUUGAUUUUCUCGGCGAGGGUCAGUUUGCCACAGUCUUCAAAUCCCGUGAUAUUGAGACCGACACCAUAGUUGCUGUAAAGAAGAUCAAACUUGGAAGCAAGAUCGAGAGUAAAGAUGGAAUUAACAGAACGGCCUUGAGAGAAAUAAAACUGCUUCAGGAACUAACACAUGAAAACGUCAUCAGCCUAUUAGAUGUCUUUGGUCAAAAGUCGAACGUGUCGCUGGUCUUUGACUUCAUGGACACGGACAUGGAAAUCCUGAUAAAAGACUCAACCAUCGUGCUCACCCCUGCGAACAUCAAGGCGUACAUGGUGAUGACCUUGCGAGGUCUGGAAUAUCUGCAUAUGAACUGGGUUUUGCACAGGGACUUGAAGCCAAACAAUUUGCUGCUGGACAGCAGAGGCGUGUUGAAGAUCGGCGAUUUCGGCCUUGCCAAGUUCUACGGCUCACCCAACAGGCAGUACACUCACCAGGUGGUCACAAGGUGGUACAGGUGUCCAGAGCUGCUGUUUGGAGCGCGGUCGUACGGCGUCGGGGUCGACAUGUGGGCCGUAGGAUGCAUUUUGGCCGAGCUACUGCUCAGGGUUCCCUUCUUACCUGGCGAAACCGACCUCGACCAGCUGACCAAAAUUUUCUUUGUCAUGGGAUCUCCUACCGAAGAGACCUGGCCUGGUCUGACGCAGCUGCCUGACUACGUAGGAUUCAAGCCGACAACCGCCACUCCCCUUUCCCACAUUUUCACUGCCGCUGGCGACGAUUUAAUUUUCCUCCUGGAAAAGCUGCUUGCGCUCAAUCCUCUCGACAGAUACGACUGUACUAAAUGCCUGCGCCUGCCAUACUUCAGCAAUAAACCGGCGCCGACUGUUGGCCACCUGCUGCCUAUGCCGGCCAGCGUGAGGAAAACCCAAAAUCAGGGGGGCCACAAGCGAAAGCUCCUUGAUAGCGGCGAAGGACCAUCGCAAAAGAAGAAACUGAUCUUUUAGGAGUUGUAAGGUAGGAACACUGUCCAAAUCUCUUUGUAAUAUUAUUAUUAUUAAAACUGCAUCAAUUUUUCAAUAUGAUGAUUUAUUUGGUCAAAGAAACAGAAAUCUAUAAAUAGAAAAAUAUUGAUUGCAACAAGACAGGAUCGCUAACUUUAUAUACAUAAUAUAUAUUAUAAUAUAUCAUUUAGGCAAGUACGGUUUGGCUAAAUAAUUUUUGUGUUUGCUGUGUGUACAAAAGAGGCGAUUCGUAGUCGUUGAACUGAGCAGAAAUACAGAAAAAAAGCACAAGCACAGCCUCUAUCCACCGAAUUUGUAAAGGAACGAAACUUAUUGAUCCCGAGCAGCAACGAGGAACUGAAAACACAUUAUUUACACGAUGUGUGUGUGUGUAUUAUCAAACAUGAUUUAUAUAUAUUAUUUGCGAUGAUCAAUAGUAAAAAUUUGCAACAUGAUUUUCAACAGCAUGUAAAACUUUUUGUGCACAAUCCAAUCGAUUUGUUUAUUGAAAGCAUGUUUCAAGUCGCGUCGUCUCUUCUCUACCGAAAGGGGAAAGAAAGAACAGAACAGAAUAGAAGUGCUACAGCACAGUCUUCCAUCACUCCACUUUUCUGGCUCACCAGACUCCCACUUUCAACGGAUCAAUAAAUAAUUUUUCAGACA